CGCCCCCUGCCUCCGCCCGUCCUCGUCUCCCCCCGCCGCCGCCGCGGCGGGUGGCCGGGCGGGCGGCAGUGCCGCGGGCCCCGGCGGCGGGGCCGUGCGCUGGGAGGAUGGGCCGGUGGCGGGGCCGGGCGCGGGGCGUCGCGGUGGCGGUGGCACACGGGCUAUGCUCGGGCUCGCUGAACAUCCUCCUGAAGUUCCUGCUGGCCCGCUACCACUUCGCCUUCCUGACACUACUGCAGUGCCUGAGCAGCGCGGCCGCGGCGCUGGGGCUGGAGGCGCUGCGGCGGCGGGGGUUGGCAGCGCUGCCGCCCUUCGGGCUCCGCCUGGCGCGCCCCUUCGCCGCCGUGGCCGCCCUGGCCACGCUGCAGUCCACCCUCACCCUCUGGUCGCUGCGCGGCCUCAGCCUCCCCAUGUACGUCGUCUUCAAGCGCUGCUUGCCCCUCGUCACCCUCCUCACCGGCGCCCUGGUGCUCCGCGACGGCAUGCCCUCGCCCGGCGUCCUUGUCGCCGUCCUCAUCACCACCUGCGGCGCGGCGCUGGCCGGAGCUGGUGACCUGACUGGGGAUGCUAUGGGCUAUGUGACAGGUGUGCUGGCUGUGCUGAUACACGCUGCCUACCUGGUGCUCAUACAGAAGACCAGUAUAGAUAGUGAAUACGGACCCCUGACAGCUCAGUACGCCAUCGCUGUUUCAGCCACCCCUUUUCUCAUCAUCUGCUCCUUUGCCAGCAUGGAUUCCAUCAAUGUCUGGUCAUUCCCGGGCUGGAAGGACCCUGCCAUGGUAUGCAUCUUUAUCGCGUGUGUCCUGAUUAGCUGUGCCAUGAACUUUACCACCCUUCACUGCACUUAUAUUAACUCAGCUGUGACCACCAGCUUCGUAGGGGUGGUGAAGAGCAUAGCAACCAUCACAGUGGGCAUGGUGGCAUUCAAUGAUGUGGAGCCCACAAAGUUAUUUAUAGCCGGUGUUGUGGUCAACACGUUGGGGUCUAUCAUUUACUGCGUGGCCAAGUACAUUGAGACGAGACAGCAAAGCAAUUAUGAGGACCUGGAGAAAGACACUAGAGAAGAGGAGGGGAAGAGGCAGGCUGGGGACCAAGCACUGUUUUCAAUGGAGACAGUUUCCCAUGAGAAAGGAGCUGAGGAAGCAGCAGUGGAAGGAUCAACCAUGGAGGACAGCCGGAGCAGAGAGGAAGAGAAGGACGGCACUGAGAAACCUGCCGAGGGAUCAGCGACCCGUGGAAAAGGCACCAGCACACAAGAAGUGAACAGGAGCUCACUGAAGGAUGCCUAUCUUGGAGUAUGGAGGUUGGUGAGGGGUGCUAAUUAUAUAAAGAAGGAUUAUUUGAUAGAAAAUGAAGAGGUACCAAACCCUUAAAAAGCAGGUUUGAAAACCUGUUACUUGAGGACAGACACCUGGUUCUCUGUACAGGGGGAAGGGCAGAGCAUACAUUUCCACGUCAAUGCCGACAAAUCCAAAUCAUGUAGGAUAACUUUACCUCAUUGUCAAAAAGCAGAAAGUCAGAGUUCACUCAUGCUUUGGGCUUGCUCUCAGCUGCUUUCAGUACAUCAGCUUAGACGCGCCACAGGUAGAGAUGCUGAGUCCUCUGCUGUGGAUAUAGAGAGAGCUGGGUAACGGCAAGUGACGGGGCGCUUGCCCAGCAGCCUGGGCCAUGGGGAACACCAGUACCAUUAAGUUAGUCAGCAGUGCCAAUGACACAGCAGUGGACUGUAGCUUAGCUUGCAUCUGGAGCCUUGUGAUUUUAAGACCGUUCGGAGGCUCUGUCAGUGUGCUUCCGUAUCUGUAUCCAUCCAAUUAUAAGUACUCAAUAUAAAUACAUUUCUGCAAUAUAUAAGCUCCUAUUAACUGUACUUUUGUGUGCUCCUCUGUGUCAAUGCAAUUGCAACAGAGCUAGAGGUUGUGCCACUUCAAUUAUAUUGGUGUAAAAUCACCCUCUUAACUAAAGAAUUGAAACUCUCCCUGAUUCUGUUGCCAGGCUUGGCCUUGGACCUGGUUUACAUUGAGUGGUUUGUGUCUUCAAUAGAAACAUUUUUGUCUUGAGGUGGUGUGCAUCAGAGCAGAACCUGAUCUGAACUUUUGAGAAGCUGUGGUCAGCAAAGGAAGGGUGUUCUUUUAUGACCUUUAACUACAUGUAAUAUUGGAAAUAUUAUUUUGACCCAAAUAAAAUUAAUUGGAGAUGUUGAUAUAUCAAUUUGAUCUGGAGGGCUAUAAAAAAAAUAGGGAGACAGUGCAGUGUGCCUUGUGCUAUCCCCUCCUUGUACCCUAAACUCGGGUGAAUCAGAACCUGGCCUGGAACUUCGGUGUCCUCUCCAUCUUCCUCUCUCAGAAGUACAGGCUGAUAGGAGUACUGGGGGCACCACCUCUGCUGGGGUUCCCAGAAUUGCUUUUGCAGGACAGUUUUGCUGUAUCCUGACUGCAUGUUGGGAUGUGGCUUUGUGUGUAUCAGCCUGCACUGUCCCUGUGCUGUGGUGUCCAGUGGAAGAAAGUGCAGGCGGGUGGGCAGGAGCUGUGGUGUGCUCUGGCAGGGCCUCUGCUCAACGUGCCAGUAUUUUGUACCACAUGCACUAGGGAAAUAAGCAUUUGAGUGUUUCUCAGACUGGGGUUACCCUUUUGGGAGGCAGAGUCCUUGGGUGGAACCUUUGCUCAGAACCAAGCAGAGAGGAGAUUUGACUCUGAGUCUUCUUCAUCCCAAAAGGGUGCCCUGUCCUUCUGUCCAUCUUCACCACAGGCUGAAACAAGUUGUUAUUAUCUCCUGAAAAAAUGAACCAAGUUUGUUGUAGCUAUUAUUGUUAUUGUUGUUGUUAUUAUUUAUUAAGCCACUGAACUGAAAAUCGUUUAUUCCCACAGCCCUGAUUAAGCAGUGCCUAGCCCAAUGCCUUCUCCAGCCAAGCAGGCAGCAUUAAGCCUCACAGCGUGUUCAGCGCUGAAAUUCAAAAUGAGCCAUUUACCCAGCAGGGAAUAUUUGCAAAACUGAUCUCUGGGGGAGCUUUAGAUUCUUGUCGAUAAAUGCAGGCAGAAACAUGGGGUGCAACAGUGUGGCUUUCGAGUGAGUGCAGAGGUUGGGUGACCUGGCAUCGCCCACGAAUUUUGAAAGAGAUGACCAUAAAGACAUUCAGGCUAAAAGCCUGUAACUGGUGAGCUGAGAGAUUGGGCAUGGAGACCUGUACAUCACACCUUAUGUAUAGCUUGUGUUUAAGAGUCGAGAGAUACUGUCUGUAUGCCAAAUUAUGUUUACUUUCUCUUCAGGCUCCAUAUGGUAUAUUUUUCAGUAAAAACACUAUUUAUUGUUUAUAGGCUAAUAUAAUAGGGGUUUUAUUAAUUUUUCAAGUGCAUCCCAGAGUGAAGAAGUUUGUGCCUAUGACUUACAAUUGCUGUAUUACUGAACUCAUUAUGAUAUUGAACUGUAUUGUAAUCGUACGGAUGGCUGAAGAGAAGCCCACACUUCUGAUCUGUCCUCACUGUGCUCAGUGUUUUCUGUCCACAAGAAAUGUGGAUCUUUCUACCACCUGGAUGUGAGCCUUAGAUCCCGUAGUGCACGCUCCAUGUUUGGCACCUGCUUUAGGAAGCUCUCCCCUGCAAUCCUGUUGCAGGACUUUUCCCUGGGAGAGUUCAGUGUUUUGCUGCUUACUGUUGUUGAAGUAUUAAUAGAAACUUGCAGAAAUUUGAAGAGUUUUGACUGUUGUACGUUUGCAUGUAUAGUUGAAAUGUGAUUAUAUUGUAUUCUGUUUAUACCUGUAAAUUCCCUGAACUAAAAUGGGAAUUGGCAAAUGCAAACCACUUUUUCAGUAACAGAGACUGUCACACAAUAAAAUAAAAAUACUGCCUCGUGCUGAGGUAUUUUUAUAACAUCAGCGGAAGACUGCAGAAUGAGAUGUGGGAAUAAAAUGCACUGCUUUCCAAAA